AUGCAAGCUCUUGUUUUUGAUCGAUUCGGAGAAGCUUCUCAAGUUCUCUACAUGAAAGAAUUGGAAAAACCACAAAUUGGAAAGAAUGAUGUGUUGGUUAGGACUCAGGCCAUUGGCUUGAAUUUUGCAGAUAUUUACAGAAGGAAUGGAAAUUAUCAUUUGGUGGGAGAACCUCCCUAUAUUUUGGGAUAUGAAGGGGCUGGAAUUGUAGAAGAGAUUGGAAGUGAGGUGAACUCUGAUUUGAUUCGAGUGGGGAUGAGAGUUGGUUUUGCUGAUGUGCCUCAUGCCAAUGCUCAAUUGGUGAAAGUUACUGUGGAGAAGGCAAUUCCUCUGCCAGAUGAGAUUUCAUCAGAGAUGGCAGCAGCUGUCUUGUUGCAAGGAUUGACAGCUCAUUAUUUGACAAGAGAUUCAUUUGUUGUGAAGGAGGGAACUGUUGCAGUGGUGCAUGCAGUGGCAGGUGGAGUUGGUCAAUUGCUUACCCAAAUUAUCAAAUUAUUGGGAGGAACAGUUAUUGGACUGACUUCAAGUGAAGAAAAGGCAGAAAUUGCAAAACAAAUUGGAGCAGAUCAUGUUUUUCUAUAUAAGGAUAAUUGGACUGAACAAAUACUUCAAUUGACCAAUCAAAUAGGUGUUAACGUAGUCUACGAAUCAGUUGGUUCAACAAUCAUGGACUCAUUCAAAAUUACAAAAAUUGGAGGAACUGUCGUAUUCUAUGGAAUGGCAGGUGGCGAUCCUCCACUCAUCAAUCCACGAAUGUUAAUGGAUGGCUCAAAAACACUCACUGGUGGCGACUUGUGGAAUGUCCUAACAAGUAGGGAGGAGAGAUUGAAACGUUCCACUGAAUUAUUUUCAUGGAUUUCUCAAAAAAAGAUUACAAUUAGUGAGUGGAAGAAUUUCAAAUUGAGUGAGGGAGCUCUAGCUCAUGAAUUUUUGGAACAACGUAAAAGUACUGGCAAGAUUUUACUCAUUCCUUAG